CGUGAAAAAUUUUUCAUACAUAUUUUAACACAACACUUCAGACGUAAGGGAUCCAUGUAAUUCUUGGAAUAGAGUAAAAUUGGGCCAGAGGCCUAGCUGAUGGUGCUGCAUUAGCGCGGGAUGAACCCCAGGGAAACGAUGGCGACGGGUGGGGGUCAGAAUGAUGACGCCACUGUUUCCUUGGAAGGUACCACAGACAGACAAUCCCCACCCCCAAAGACUAAAAAGAUCUAUAUCCCCAUCCGAAUCCAGACCAAUGCCUUAAACAACGACGACAUAGCCAUCAACGCCACCUACAUCAGCAUAGAAGACCUCUCGUCCAGGACCAAGAAGAAGGAAAAGAAGAAAGGAAAGAAUAUAGAGAUCAGAUACCUUGAGAGCAUCAGGAGUUUCAAGGAUAAGAUCAAGUCUUCUUAUUCGUGCAACCAGCAGCACUGCCCGAUGAUCAAGGAGCGACUGGAUCAGCACCAGCAGGAACACCACUCCUGCGCAGAGUCUGGCAGCAGACACGACCGCCAGAGCCAGACUAAUAUACCAUCGGCUAUUGCAGUUGCCUCCAAACCGAGCAUACAUCGAGUUCUUUCAACAGAACCAGGAGGAGUUACCAGAUCUGUCGCAAUUUCUCCAGCCGCAUCAAUCUUAAAACGUAACUCAAGAUUUACUGAAAGCCAUUCCAUACAAACUCCUCCCAAAUUCGUUGAUUUUACUCACACAGCACAAGGCAGUAGAAGCUUUGAGACAAACUUGUUCAGAUCUGACGAACAAACCCAAUUUAGUGAUACUUUUAAACCUAUUCAUGUACAAAAUGAAACAACUACCACUUCCAAAAAUAGUUUAGUGAGAGACGAUUUGCACGAAGAAAUACUGAAAUGGUUCGAGGAUAUACCAAUUUAUCCGAAUAUAACAGCCUCUUUGAAAAAUCUUAGAAGAAACAUGGUCAAUGAAUUCAUUGACAAAUUAUUUGAACUAUCAAAUGAUUCUGAUUCUAAAGAUUAUGAAAGAAAAGUCAAGUUUGAGAUUGAAAACUUUUUGAACGCUCUUCCCAUGUGGUAUCCAGGAGCGAAACGUGAUCAAGAUCUGUUAAAGGAAGGUAUUAAGAACAAUCUACUAAAGAAAAUAAAUGGACUUCGUACAAAGACUAAUAAUGAAACUCAAGUAGCUACGUUAGUUGACGACACGGUUAACACAGAUGAUGAUGUCGUUAACGGUAGUAGUCUGCAUCGACUUGGCUGUGAUGAUAAAGAGAAAAUGGUAGAAAGUGAAGUAUUAGAUUGGCUUAUGCAGAUAAAAUUCAAAGAGAGCGAUGAAAUUGGAAGAACAGUGAACAUAAUAGAUGCGACGGAUAUUUUCACCAAACGUCUUAUGCCAUUGCUUGAUAAACCAUCUGGCACGAAAAACUACAAGCUUAUUUUGAAAGGGCUUAUUAUAGACACUUUAAAUGACCUGCCGAAUGUUCUCCACUUCCCGAAAAAUAAAAAGAUUUAUCUUAAUCGUAUUGCAGAAGACUUGGCUAAUAGACUAUUGUUGAUUCAAUCGAAAUGUAAGAGUUUUAGUUCCUGUAAGUUUCCAAGAGAACGAAGUAUGUAUCGCUUAACUGUAUGCAGUAAGUCAAGUUUGAAACAAUCGAUAUUAGAAGGUUUAAGCAACUGCUUAAAGGGCGUUACUGUUGGCCAGCAAAAUGAAAUAAAAGAAGAAAUAACUGACAUUAUUAUAGACUGUAUAGAAUCUAUAAGUGGCAAAAAAGAUGACGAUGAAAUGAGCAAUAUUUUACGAAACUCACUUGAAAUCUCCGAGGCGCAAGCCUCAGAAGUUACUAUAGAAAAUGUUAGAGAUAUGUUAACCGAAGACAUCAUAAAAAACGCUGAUUGUAAUAGAAAUCUGGAGCGAUCUUGUCAUUCGGGAACUAUGUCCGUCUUCACAUCCGAACACGAAAUAUCAGGACCGUCUAAAUAUCCAGUAACAUCAACACCUAAGAAAAAAGCAGAAGUUUCUAAACUGAAUGCUGAAGAAAUAAGUUAUAUGAGCAAGGUUUCCUGUCUUAUAAGGGCUUGGAUGGAAGUGUUGCCCAAAAAGUUCGAUGCACCUGAAGAAAAAGAAUUCAAAGACACAAUAAUACAAGAUUUAGCUGGAGACAUCAUGGAUCAAGUGAAAUUAGAACAGCUAGCACCACAGUCCGGGUAUGAUAGAGAUAAAUAUAUGAAUUUCUUUAUAUUUAAGUGGCUUUUAAAAUUUAAUAUCUAUGAAGAUGAAGAAGUUCUUGCUGCAACUCCUGAAGUAGAGCAAUUAAUGAAAAAAUUGCAAGAAAUUCCUGUACCCGUUCUUACGAAACCUCAACAUGGUAACAGACAGGCUAUGUCAAACAUAAAGCAUAUGGAGGGCGAUCUUGCUUGGAAGGAAUAUUUUGUGCCUAAAGGAAUCGAUGUACUAGAAGAUGAAAUUUCAAUUUUCAUGGGUGAACUACCCUCGGACAUGUAUAAAACUGUGGAUAAAGACAAACAAAAUAAAAUGGUACAUGAACUAGCUGAUGCUGUUAAAAAAUGCUUAAACACCAAGAAACCGGAUCGUGAAUUAACUGAUGAGGUGUCAAAAUGGUUGAAGAAGAUGGUGAAAUCACCCAAUCAAGACAUUGAGAAGCUUGCAGAGAAUUUGAAAGAAAGGAUUGUGAAGCUACCUCAAGAUGCGACGCUUGCUGGAAAAGUUCAGAAAAAGAUUCAGCAGAGAAAUGAAGUUAUAGUAGAAAACGCUAAUCCUUGUAAUAAAUGUGGAGGAGCAAAUGAUUCCAAAAAUGCUGCUACUGUUGCCCCUGAUACAGACAGAACUCUGAUGGAGUUUAUAGGAAAAUUCAUGGAAAGAAACUAUAACGUUGACGACUCUAUGGCUCGAGGAGCAUUUGGCGAAUUGUUGAAAACAGAAUUCAGGAAACUAAGUCCUCCAACUAGAAAAGAAGUGUACGACAACUUUUCUAAAUCCCAACAACACGACGAAUUCUCACCUGAAAGGCUUGGCAAGGAGUUGCAAUACAUAAAAGAUAUAUCAGACUGGCUAAGGAAUAUACCCAUUGAGGGUUCUUAUAAUACACCUAACAAUAAGAAACGUAUAGAAUUCGUGAAUGAUUUGGCUAAAAAUGUGUACGAUGUUGAUGAAAGUAGACGAAAGUCUCCAUCGGCCAUGGAUUACAAUAUGUAUUUGGCUUCAAUAAUAAGUCAAUCAAUAAACGAAUUGCCUAUUUUACCUGAGCACACUGGAAACGUCAUGCUUAUGAUUGACGAGCUUGUUGGGAAGAUAGCAGCAAGUAGGACGCCUAUGCCUUGCUGUACAAAUGCCAAUAAAACCGCAGCUUCAAUUAAUAACACUGGCAUACAAGAGCAGAAUAUCAGUGACUUCAUAGAUCAUUACAUUCGUAAUAACGCUGGUGAUAUUGCUGAUGAUCAAGUAAAAUUAGAUGCCUGGUCAGCACGCUUGUUGAAAGAAGUUAAAAAGCUGGCAACAGACACCGCUGACCCGUCUACGCUAUGCAAAACUCAAGUGUACAACAAACUUAUUACUGUACCUAUUCCUGAAGAUGAAUCAGUUAGGCUAUUCGGAUUGGAACUUGAUUAUGCUAAAGAGAUUUCAGACUGGAUUAAUAAUUUACCUUUACUGCCUAUUACAAGUCAAGAAUCCAGCGAUCAGAGAGUCAAAAUGAUAAGUGAACUAGCAGAGAAGUUUGCAGAAAGAGAAAGAAAUAAGAUAGUUAAUCCGAGUGACACACCACCGGACUCUGAUAUGGAUGAAUUUAUAACUAGAUGGAUUCAGCAACUUCCACUUGAUCGAAAUAAAGAAGUAGUAUAUCCGAUAGUCAUUCAACAACUGCAAAAGAGAAUAGAAAGAGUCAAUAAAGGUCCAGAAGAAAGUAUACAACCAUCAAAUGAAUCUACUAGCUCUCCAAAGAAAAGUAAAUCAAAAACGAAAAAUAAGUCUAAAAGUUCCAAGAGUUGCAGACCAUCUUGCUGCAGUUCUGGUGGGAAAGCAGGACGAUCAGGUCAAAUUAUAGUAGAAGCUAUAGAAAACUGGGCAAAUAAACUACCAGUGCGCGCUGAAAAUAAAGACGCUGAGAGGACUAUGAAAGAUAAUAUUGCCAGAAAAUUGUACCAAAAAGCGGGAGAACUUAGUGUAGAUCCCCAAAUCAUGAACGAUGAUUUGCUUUAUCAAGAACUGUUUACAGAUGAAGUGAACGCUCAACUGAAUAACCUUCAAAGUCCUGAUAUUCAGAAAAAGAAGGAAAGCCUUAAGAAUGAUUUAGUCGAUAAGGUAAUGGAAGCUAAAAGUGUCAUCAAAGAAUGUACAGCCGGAGAUAACUACAAACAUCAACUAGAAAACACUAUUGAAGCAUCCAUACCAAGUCCUGUCUACAACAGGCAAUUUCAUGAUCCAGGAUUUGAGAUUUAUAAGAAUCGCUUAGCUGACAUGUUUAUUUUGGAAAAUUUUGACCAUGGUAACGAUGCUGUCAAAGUGAAAUACGAGAAUUUAAUAAAGAAAGAAAUUGAUAAGUACUUUCAAGAUGCCUUAAAAAGAAAUGCUGUGCCUUUGACUAAAGAACAAAUAUACAGUGAACUGUAUAGUGCUCUUUAUAAAGUACCUACACCUAAUGAAAAUUCUACUUCUGCAGAAGUAGAAGAGGUUAAAACGAGAUGUGAAAUAGAUGAUUGGUUUGGAACGCUAAAACUCAGAGAAGCGUCUGGUGUGGGUGAGCUUUUGGAAUGGGAUAAGAUAUUAUCUAUGUUAGCUAAAAGACUGCGUGAGAUAGAAAAGAAUGAACAGAAGCCUGACGAGAAAAUGCACAAAGAAAUCACUAAAUGGGUUGUGAAGUUUCCAUUGCUGCCAGGUCAAGAGGGAGAAAUAGAUAAACUGGCCGAUGAUCUACAGAAUAGAUUAAAAACAUCAAAAGAAGAAAGAAAGUGUGUCCCUGCGCCUCCAUUGAAUAGUAAAGAUAGUAAAAAGGGAAAAGUUCAGAAGAAAGCUUCGAAGUCAAAAGGGAUUCUUGGUACGAGUCAGGUGGCGGGCCCUAGUAGUGCAAGUCAGCCGUGGGUCAGUCCACAAGCACCUCCAGCCUGCUGCCAAGGAUCACCAGUCCCAAGAAAGAAACCUGCUGACAUUAUUCUAGAAAUAGUUGAAUAUUGGUGUGAAAGUCUACCUCUGUAUGCUGGCACUCCUCAAGAUCAGCAAACAAAUAAAAUCAUCAGAGAAGAUCUGCUUACAAAGAUCAUUAUAAAAAUUUGUGAACUCAACAGCAAUCCACAGACGUUUUCUGAUGAUUUACUCUACAACUAUUUACUUGACCAAGAAUUGGAGGUGUUAAUGUCUAAAGUACCCAUUUGUUGCGAUUUUAAACCUACGAAAGACUCUAAAAAGACAGAGCUUGUAGCAGCAAUUGAUGCUGUAAAGCCUCUGAUGAGAGAAGAGAGAGCACGUCACGAAUACGUUCAAGAAUUGAAAAGUACAGUCAAUACUAUUUUAGAAGAGCCGCUGAAUACCACGGCUGAUGUGAUUAAGAUGUUUAAUGAACUGAGAGACGAUAUUGUAGACAAUUUCGUCCAGUUUCACUACAAUCGUGAUGAUGAAGUAGGCAAGCAAAUUUACAAAGCAAAAAUACGAGAUGCUGUGACGAAAUACUUAGUGGAUAUAAACGAGAAACCUGAAGGUCCUCCAGUUGAUACCUUGAUAAGACAAAAUCAGUUAUUAUGUGAACUAUCUAAAGUUUCGAUCCCAAGUGAAAGAGCAGUAAAAGAUGAAGUUGAAGAAGUUAGAAUGAAAAACGAAGUCAAGCAGUUCUUUGAUGAACUAGCGUUCCCUGAUGAGGAUGAAGAAAAAAUGACGUUAAGAAACAACAUGAAACAAAGCUUGGCGAAACGACUGAACGAAAUUGAGAAAACUGGCCACAACUGCACCAACGAUGCGAAAAUGAAGAAAGAAAUUAGUAGGUGCUUGAAGAAGAUUGAAAAAGAAGUCGAUCCAAAGAAGAUUGAGGCAUUUGUAGAGAGAUUAAAGAUGAAUGAAGGGGCCAGGAAAGCCCCACCAGCAGGCAAAGAUACUUGUUAUUGUUCUAAAGAUAGUCAAUCGAAUACAGGUCCAUGUCAAUGUGGUCAAAAUCCUAACCAAAUGGCAGCUACAGUAGCGAAUCCAGCAAUGUCUCAAAAAAUUCCAGUGUCAAACCAACUUCACGUCCCAGAAGUCCCCUUUAGAGGAAUAGGACAAGGAUCGAGUGUACAAAAUGAUGGUACCAUCCAAAGUCUAGGUGUCACUCCGGUUGAGUACCAAGGAUUUGGGGGUGGCGUGGUUUUGACAUCCUCCCGUCAAGGUGCCAGCAAUAAUCCAAAAAUAACUCUUCCAAAAGCUAAAACUCCAACGAGUACAGAGCAGCCAACAGGUGAUAGAGAAGACAUGCCAACGAAUCAAGGCGAAAGAGAAGCGCGUGCUGAAGCGAACAGAGAAAGAAAGAGACGAAAAACAGGAUCUGAUGAUGAAGAAGAUUGCAAGUGCAUUUAUGGUAGAAUCAGGAAGAAAAUGAGGGGCAGACCUCGGUGUGUGCUGCGUCGACCAGAGUUCUGCAAUGAAUGUGAUGAUUUCGAACCUAUGUGGAUGCCCAUGCCAGCUUAUCGAUUUCCGCCCAGUUAUUUUUACUACUGAUAAAAUAAAUAAAGGGAACUG